UCUAAACAAUACCUAACCACGCAUUCCGUGGAUAAUGCACAUAUAACGGACAUUUUCUCUAUCGCGUCAACGCCGCGUGCUGUGCUGUCUGCCAGCGGAUCGUCAACUAUUCAUAUUCACGAUACCACUGACCCCGCAUUCCCUCUCAAGCAAUCCAUCUCAGAUGCCCACAAGCUAGGCUGCCACCACAUCUGCACCUCCCGAAAUGGCCGCGUUGCAGCCAGCGCUGGGUUUGGUGGAGAAGUGAAGAUAUGGAAUCUCACUCAAGAAACUGGCGAAUGGUCCUCAGGAGGCGAAAUUCAAGGGUCGUCAAAUAAGCCUGGUGAAGUCUGGGCUCUGGCCCUUAGUGAUGACGGCACCUAUCUUGCCACUACUACCUACGAUGGGCGAGUCAACGUUUGGAACCUAUCUGGCGAGUCAAAGGCCAAGAUACAGGAGUACGAAACUGGGAGCCCAGGCUCUGGCAGCUUUGGAUUGAGCGUUGAUCUCAGCCGAGAUGGGAAGUUUACUGCCAGUGGGCAUCAAAAUGGAUCCGUCUAUAUUUUCAACAACGAGACAGGGCGGAUUCUUUUUUCCCUUUCUGGUCUUGCCAAGCCCGUGCGCUCAGUUGCCUUCUCGCCCGGCAAUAGCAGACUUGCCGCGGCAGGUGACUCAGGAAUCAUCGCCCUUUACGAUAUGAAGCACGGAGAGCAUGUGGCAAACCUGACAGGCCAUACCUCAUGGAUUACCUCUGUGGACUGGAGUGACUCUGGUGAGUUCUUGCUCAGUGGAUCGAUGGAUGGCAAGGUCAAAGUGUGGUCUAUCGAACGAAGUGCAUGCGUCGCUACUCACAGCGAAACAGACAAGGCACUCUGGACGGCGAAGUGGCUCCCGAAAACGGGCAAGAGUGAGAUGUUCUGCACCGCGGGGGCCAACAGAAGCCUCUCGUUCUAUCGGGACCCCGUGAGUUACAUCAACUUUGACAACAGUGCCCUCGGUGUCCACCAUCUUGAAUUGUUGGCCAAUCCAAGCGCUUCUUAUCCUAAUCACUCAAUUAUCCAUAGCAGCAACUUAUUCAAAUCGAUCAUCAUGCCAACCACAAAGAGGUCAACUGCCAGCAACAGAGGCCGCACGGUGCCGAUCAAAGGGCAAUCCACCAUCAGCUUCGCCAACAGGAUCACCAAGAAUGUAGUCAACGACACAAAGAAGGCCAUCAUCUCACCGCCCGUUGCUAAGAUUGAGUCGUCGGAGAAGGGCGAUGUAAUUGAAAAGCCAGCAGAGGAUGUCUUGGCAGCUGAACCUGAGGCCGAGGUUGAGGAAGAGCCAGAAAUUGAAGUCCCAGAAAAGUCCGAGGUCGAACUCAAGGCUGAGAAGAUCACUAAGAAGCAGAUCGAAGCUUACUGGAAGGGAAUUGAGGCAAAGCGCAUUGCUCCUAGAGUACAUCAGAAAGAUUUGAGCACCAAUGAAAAGGUACUCCGGUACUUCGAUGUGAGCUCACAGUACGGGCCAUGUAUCGGUAUUGCUCGCCGUAAGCGAUGGGACCGUGCUGAGAGGUUGGGUCUGAAUCCUCCCAUUGAGGUCUUAGCUGUACUUGUCGGAGAGAACCAAGAUGGCGGCGAUAUUAUGACUGCCCAACUGGAUGUGAUCUUGAAUCAAACUGCGGAAUCAUGA